AUAGUAAAUAUAUUCAGACUCUUCAUAGUUUAACUGCAGCACGUUUUUGCAGAACAAAUUAAAUACAAUACACACAAAUCAAGCAAUUAAGUUGCAUUUUAACUUAAGUUAAAAUGUCUAGACCUAUUGUAUUCGUGCUUGGUGUGGACGAGCUGUUGGGGCAAGCGGCGGUUAAAGCUUUAUCUGAAAAUUUUUGUGAUAAAGUCGAUGUACGAGCCGGAGCACAGUCAUUGGAUUUGGUUAGUCAAUUAAAUAAGCUUAACGGAGUCACGGCCGAGCAAGUUGACAUUACAAAGCACGAGAGCCUACACAAGCCGCUAAAAGGAGUGAAAUCAGUGUUUAUUGUAACGCCAGAUAGAGAAGAUUUAGCAGAUGUAAUAAUUUCCGCUGCAAAUGUUGCUAAAGAUGUCGGAGUACAGCAUAUUUUGGUCAACAGCACACCUAUGGCUCAAUUACCCAAUACAAUCUUCGGCAAAAUGUAUUCAACUGUUGAGAAAUGUAUUGCAAGCCUUGGAAUUGGUUAUACGCUGUUGCGUUUGCCCAAUUUGAUGGAAUACAAUUUCCUUCAUAAAUACUCAUUGAAUAGUCAGUCUACUUUUUCUACCGCUGUACAACCAGAUCAAUGGGUUCAUGAGAUAUCUGUCGAUGACGCAGGCCUUGUCGCAGCAAACCUGAUGGUCUCGUCAGAGAGUUACUUUGGAAAUACGUUUAUCGUCGUCGGAGAUCGACACAAAUUCAAAGAUGUGGCGUUGUUGUUUACCGAAGUCUUUGGAAGAGAAAUUAAAUACGUCUCAAUAACCUACGAACAGGCUACGUCGUUAUGUUUGCUUGCAGGGAUGCCAAAAUGGAAAGCUGAUGGUUUUAUAGAGGUUGCACGGUGUGUGAACAAUGGUACCUUAGACUGCAGUGAUAAUUUUGAUGGCGAGUUUCAGAAAAUCACUGGAAAAGAACCACAAAAAUUUAAAACCUGGCUAAAAACAUUUGCUCAUCAGUUCAAUAGUUGAGAUACAUUAGCAAAAUUAGUUUUGCUUUUUCUUACACAUGUUGCUUUCAUACUUUUAUUGUUAGAAAAAUAAAAUUUUUUAGUUUUAUAAGAAAA